AUGUGUUAUCUACUAGUGGAGCGAUUUUCGGUGUGCAGAUGUCUUUACUUUCAGCACGCGGUAGACCCGUGUGAAGCAUACGGCCAGCGUGGCCAUGUGGUGCAGGAGAAAACCGUCCUGGUCGGCUACACCUGUUCCCGACAUUCAUUGAGAUGCAACGGA